GCCUGUCACUCCGUGGGCGGUGGACUCGGGCUGAGGCGCCGCCUCGCGCUGGACCCGGGGGGCGGGGCGGACCGGCGGGAAUGGCGGACGGAGAGAGCCUACUACGGUCAGAGCAGGAUUUCCAUGAUGCAGCAAAGGGAAAUAACGUGAUCAGAAUGGAACUGCUUUUGAAGAACGGAGUGAAUGUCAAUGCCAAAAACAGUAUAGACCAAACAGCUCUACACUGGGCAGUUGGGGCUGGACAUGAAGAGGCUGUGAAAUUUCUUCUCGACCACAAUGCUUCAGUGGAUGAUCAAGACAGUUUUGGGAUGAAUGCUCUGCUUCUGGCCGCCUGGUUUGGUCAUCUGCGGAUUCUUCGAACACUGGUCAAUGUUGGUGCCAAGUUGUCAUGUGAAAACAAAAAUGGCCUAAAUUUGCUCCACUGUGCUGCCCGAAGAGGCCAUAUAAAGAUACUGGAGUUUAUCAUGGAAGACCUGGAAGAUAUAUGGCUGGACAAACCUGACAAUAUGCAACGAACAGCAUUACACCUGGCAGCAAGUUAUGGCAACCUAGAGGUGGUGGAAUUCCUAAUUGGCUCAGGCUGUGUCCAUGGCCUAAAGGACAAGGAACAGAACACCCCCCUUCAUUUGUCUGCAAGAAGUGGGCAUGUUGAAGUGUUACAGAAAAUAGUAGAAACUGCAGUGGAUCUGGAUGAAAAAAAUUGGGAAGGUGAGACUGCAUUGCAUUUAGCAGCUGAAGAGGGACAUUCCAACUGUGUGAAAGUUCUUCUGAAUGGUACCUGUGAUGUAAAUGCCCAAACAAAUAAGAAUAUGACUGCUCUGCAUUAUGCAGCAUGUCACGGCUGGGUGAAGGUGGCUGAGCUGCUGAUUGAAGCUGACAUAAAUGUGGAUGCGGUUAACCACCAAGGGGCCAGUGCAAUACAUCUUGCAGUGCUGCACAACCAUGACUCCAUUGUCAAGCUACUAAUUGAUGCAGAAUGUGAUCUGGAUAUUGCCGAUCAUAGACAGCAAACAGCACUUCACAUCGCAGCAGAGAAUGGCAGGCACGUGAUUGCUGACAUGAUCCUUAUAGCAGGUGUAAAUUUAAAACUAGUUGAUAAGCAAGGAAAAACAUCCUUAGAGAUAGCAGCGCGUGGGAACCAUAUCAGUUUGGUUGAUAUGAUUAUCAAAGCAGACAGAUUUUAUAAAUGGGAGAAGGAUCAUCCAAACAUUGAUUCAGAGUCCUUUGUUGGAAUGCAUGUGACCUUCAGACAAGACCGCAGACCAGAAACCCAGCACAUUCGUUCAGUGAUAUGGAGACUAGCAACAAAAUACCUAAAACCAAAUGAGUGGAAGAAACUUGCCCAUUUCUGGAAGUUUACAGAAGCACAUAUAAAAGCCAUUGAGCAACAAUGGGCAGGUGCUAAAAGUUACAAGGAGCAUGGGCACAGAAUGUUGCUGAAUUGGCUGCCCGGUGUGAUCAUCUCAGGAGAAAACCCAAUUAAAGAGCUAUAUGAAGGCCUAGUGGGAAUAGGCAGGAGAGACCUGGCAGAAAGUAUCCGAAGAAAAGCAAAUGCUGACUGCAGUUCUCCCAGGAAAUGUGCAGUGAUGUGAUGUCUGAGGAACUGAAUCCUGAAGAUUUAGAGUAACUGAAGAAUUUUGUUCCCAUGAACAAGAGUCAGAGUGUAGAUGCUGAACUUUGAGCAAGGAUUGGCACUACCAAAAAGUAACUGUGUGGAUUUUCAAAUUAACUACUUGAUCUCAACACAUCAGUACAAAAUCUAUAAGCGGAUUUGGUCACAUAAUGAGUGAUAAUCACACCAUCACAACCUGACUGCAAUUAUACAGAUCAUUAUUAUUUCUAUUAAACUACAUAAAAGAUUGUGAUGCUGUAAAAGUCAAAGUUACAAAAAAGGGUGGCCCAAAUUUUAAUUUGAAUUGAUCAGUUUUUCUGGGACAUUUGAUAAUUAAAUCAUUGAUAACCAAAAAAAAGGCAGUACUUACCCAAACCUUUGCAACAGGAUCAGGCAGCAAACACAAGGGUCGGUUGCUUGUGUAAUGCUUGGAAAGAUAAUACAAGGAAUUCAUUCAUCUUUAGCGGAUGCAGUGUUUUAUACACUACUAAAAUUAGCAAUUCCAGAAUUGCAUCCACAAAUAUGAGCGUGUUCUCUCACAAAGACCAAGUGAUGGUUAUUUUGGGGAGGACUGGAAUAUAUAUCUAUUUCAAUGAAGAUUUUCUCCAUCAAAAACAUCACUAUUUUUCAAUAUAUUUAUUUAAUUUAUUCAUUAAUACUUUUCAAUACAUUCAUUUAGAAUUAAUCAAUUUUUUGUACAACUGAAUGAAAUUGCUGCUCAUCAUUGCAUUGUUGAUUUUAAAAAGUGCCAUGGUUUACAGCAAAAACUAUUGUUGUAACUUGGCACAAUGGUGUCAACAUCAUCACACUACCAGCCUAUUACCCUCAGCCAGGAGCCAUUACUCUAACUGUCUAUGUCAUAGAUCUGUUUACCAACCUGCUUAUCAUGUCUACAUCUGAUCAGGGAGUUCCUCUGAUCCCCCUGCACCUUGGUAUAUGGGUGACAAGUCUACUGCCUGCUUUGAUCAAUGUUCAUCGAAUGGAUGUUAGGUGAGAAUUCUUUGGAUGUACUUAUGAAUAGUUUCGGACUAAUACACUAUGCAAGAGAUAAAAUUCAAUCACCUGAUAUUCCAGUAUAUUUUCUGUAACAACACAAAUAACUUGUGUGUUUUUCUGAGAGCUGACCCUUUGUGAACCAAAUUUAAAAUCAAAGCAUGCUCAAAUAUAGAUUAACAACAAGUCCCACAUCCUACAGACUAAGGGGGUGGCCAGGGGAACCCGCAUGGGCCCAAGCUAUACCUGCAUCUUCUUAGGAUACGUGGAACAAUCCCUCUUCCGCUGCUGCACUAGCACUAUUCCCCACCUCUUCCUCCACUACAUCGAUGACAGUAUUGGCACUGCCUCGUGCUCCCAGGAAGUGCUUGAACAGUUCAUCAACUUUACUAACACCUUUCACCCCAACCUCAAGUUCACCUGGACCAUCUCUGAUACUUCUCUCUCCUUCCUGAACCUCUCUGUCUCCAUCUCUAGUGACCACCUCGAAACUGAUAUCUAUUUCAAGCCCACCAACUCCCACAGCUACCUUGACUACACCACUUCUCACCCACCUUCCUGAAAGAAUGCGAUCCCCUACUCCCAAUUCCUCUGCCUCCGCCGCGUCUGCUCCCAAGAUGGCACGUUCCACUCCCGAACAUCCCAGAUGUCCUCUUAUUUCAAGGACCGCAACUUGCCCCCUUCGGUGCUCGAGAAUGCUCUCAACAGCAUCUCUUGCGUUUCCCACAUCUCUGCUCUCAUAUCCCCUCCCCCAACAAAAACAAAGACAGAAUCACCCUUGUCCUCACAUAUCACCCCACUCAUCUCCGUUUCCAACAUAUCAUUCUCUGCCACCCACAAUCCGGCCCCACAACCAAAGAUAUAUUUCCCUCCCCCACCCCUAUCUGCCUUUUCUAAGGACCAAUCUCUCACGACUCCCUCAUCCGCUCCACACUCCCCACUAGUCCCACCAUCCCUGGCACCUUUCCCUGCAACCACAGGAAGUGCUACACCUGCUCCUACACCUCCCCCAUCACCUCCAUACAAGAACCCAAAAAAACCUUCCACAUCAGACAAAUGUUCACCUGCACAUCCGUCAAUGUGGUCUAUUGCUCCCGAUGUGGCCUCCUCUACAUCGGUGAGACCAAGCGGAGGCUCAGAGACCGCUUUGUCGAGCACCCGCGCUUUGUUCGUGACAAAUGACAACACCUCUGGUUGCGAACCAUUUCAACUCCCCCUCCCACACCCUGGACGACUUGUCCAUUCUGGGCCUCUUCCAGUGUCACAAUGACACCACCUGAAAACUGGAGGAGCAGCACCUCAUAUUCCGCAUUGGGAGCCCAAAGACCUAAACGUGGACUUUACCAGUUUCAAAAUCUCCCUACCCCCGGCCUCAUCCCAUGACCAACCCUUCCUCUCAGCCCCACCUCCUUGACCUGUCCUCUUCUCUCCAACCUAUCCGCUCCUCCCACCUCACUGACCAAUCCCCACCGUUGCCUACCUGCACUCACCUAUCACCAUCCCACCUACCUUCCUCAGCCCUACCCCUACUCUCAGAGCUCCCUGACCCCUCCCCCAUUUCUGAAGAAGGGUCCUGAGCCGAAAUGUCAAUUUUCCUGCUCCCCUGAUGCUGCCUGGCCUGCUGUGUUCCUCCAGUUCCACACUGUGUUAUCUACUGGGCUUGUACUCCAUUAUCCACUAAGAUUUACAGUGGCUCCAAUCUGCGUUAAGAUUGUUCAAAAUCUUCCUCUUUAGCUGAUGCGUCCAUGUUUGAACAAUGCAAAUUGUUGGAUUUGACUUAGUUUCAAGAGGUCUAGCCUGUCACAACUGAGGAUGAGAAAGAGUUGGAAUAGAUGCAGCUUUCCUCUAUGAAAAGUUGUAUCGGCCUCAGCAUUGAAAGAAACCCAGUAGCAAUGGUUUCUCAUCUCUAAAAUCUAAGUGCCUGAUUUUCAUAUCACAAAGGAGCAGAAAUUCUAGCAAUCGUUUUGAAGUGCAGUGAUUACGGGCUUUAAAGAUAACUGUUUUAUCACUAUGGUCAGUGAGUCUCAGCACUAUGUGUUCAUAAUCAUUUCUCCUAUGUUCAAAAUACUUGCAUUGUAGAAACUGUUCAGCAAAGGUUUCUGUUAGUCAGUUUCAUACUUCCAAGUGACAAUCUGCAUUUGUACAGUAAUCUUAAUGUAGAAAGAGAAGUCAAAACUUCACACAAGAAAAAUUGGACAAGCACAACAAAGAAGUUUAUUUGAACAAAUAAAACAGAACAUGCUAGACUUACUUCAACUUGCCAGCAUUUUGCUUUUAUGUUUAAACAAUGCUGUUUUGUAAGACCAUAAUAAACAGGAACAGGAAUAGGCCAAUUGGCCUUUCGAGCCUGCUAAGUCAUUCAAUGGGAUCAUGGCUGAUCCGAUAUUCCUUAUGUCUAUUUUCCUACCUUUUCUCCAUAAUCUCUGAUUGCCACUAAUCAAGAAUAUAUCUAUUUCAAUCUUAGACAUACACAAGGAUUCUGCCCCCACAGCUCACUGUGUCAAGAAGUUCCAAAGGCUUACACUCUCUGAGAGAAGAAAUUUCUCCUCAUCUCAAUCUUAAAUUGGCACCCUUUUAUUCUAAGUCAAUGUCCUCUGGUCCCAGACUCUUGCA